AUGGGUGCCCUUAAGGAUUUAGCGAGGUCAUUCUCUCGGAUGACCCAAGAGGAGGUAGACCUAUUUUGCCUUGAAUAUGGUAUUGAUAAAAAGUUUAAUCCCACCGCCCCUUCUUGUGAUGUUUCUAUUGACAAACCGAUUCCAGUUAUGUCUGCUUUGGACUUCAUCAAGAGUGACGAUACGUCCGAUGUUAUUUUUGAAGAUGCUCCAACUGUUCCGGGUGAGAAUGUUGUGGUUGAAGCGGGUGUUGAACAAGAUAAGGAGUUGGUUGUUCAUGGCAAGAAGGUUCGAGGUAAGAAGGUUACUCCUGUUCAAGAAUCAUCAAGCAGGGACGUUGGAGGGUUGGACCCUGAAGGUGUUUAUGUGCCUGCUUGCAUCAAAUGGCUAGACACAAAACCAGCAUCCUCGGUUGUUUAUGUAAAUUUUGGUAGCAUUACCGUCAUGACACAUCAACAACUAGUCGAGUUUUGUUGGGGCCUCGCUAAUAGCAAACAUUCGUUCUUGUGGAUAAUGCGUGCGGGGCUCGUGGAUGGCGAGUCUGACGCGCUUCCACUAGAGUUUUUUCAAGAGACAAGUGGUAGAGGGAUGUUGGCAGGAUGGUGCCCUCAAGAACAAGUUAUAAACCAUCCGUCUAUAGGAGGGUUUUUGACGCAUAGUGGAUGGAACUCUACGGUUGAAAGUAUUUCAAGUGGAGUGCCUAUGAUUUGUUGGCCGUUUUUCUCGGACCAGUUCCCGAAUUGUUGGUUAAGUUGCACGAAAUGGGGAGUUGCGAUGGAGAUCGAUAGUGACGUAAAAAGGGAUGAAGUCGAGAGGCUCGUGGUCGAGUUGAUGGCUGGAGAAAAGGGGAUGGUUAUGAGGAAAAAUGCCAUGAAUUGGAAAAACAAGGCUAUUGCUGCAAGUAGUGUUCCUGAUGGUUCUGCUGUGAUUGAUUUGGAGAAACUGAUUAAUGAACUAAAGAAAGUUCCAAAAUGACACAUGGUUCAUAUUAAAAUGUGUCUUUUUGUCAAGUGUUAAGUUUUAAUGGCAAGUUAAUAAGAAUAUCAUGAGUUAAAAACU